GUAGCAUUGCAUCACUUGCUGGAUCCUCUGCAGUGAAUGGGGGAAGAUUGAGGGAAGUAAGUGCAACUCAAGUCGUCUGUUGAACGUUUUCAGCUAUUGCAUGGUUCCUUCAACACGCAGAAGAUAUCGCAACACGUCAGUAGUAUGUAGUAACUGUUGAAGUAUAAAAACCUUUGUCUUCGGUGAAUACAGCAGUGUGGAGUUGUAUUUGUAAAGCUGCUCUAUCUGCCUCUGGUAAGACUACAUUUGAGCACAGUAUAGGCGAGACAAAAGUUAUUUGAUUGUGUUUUAGAGUUGGUUCUUUCACAGAUUAUCAUGACGACUCACCAACCAGAACAUCAGAGGCACAGGAACAGAUCCCUGCAGGACACGGGUAACGUGAAGCUUGAGUAUGGAGCUGAUGAUGAGGGCAAAGGUGUGGUACAAGUCCACAGUAGAUGGAACAACAUCCACCUGUCUCUGGUGUGCGUUUUGUUGGGCAUCUCUCUCAUAAUGAUACUGGAUGGCUGCCGGUCCUCCUCUGAGUCGUGGGUUCUGCUGGGUUCUGCUGGAACCCUGAUCUGGGACUGGACGUCUGUGUGCGUGGUGCUGUUAUUCACUGUCCUGCAGGUGGCGCUCUAUUAUCUACCUGUGGGACAGGUGACAGAAGGCAAGAUGGGCUGCGAUGGAAAGCGUUUGAAAUACAAACUCAACGGUCUGCAUGCGUUUCUCCUGACUGUGGUUCUGAUGCUGGUUCUGUGGUUCGCUGGUGUUCUGCGGGCCGGUGCUGGGACGGUCAGGAUCUUCUCUCUGGUGAGCGCAGCCAUGGCCGUCUCUCUGAUCUUCAGCCUCACGCUGUUCCUGUGUCCAAUCAGAACGCCGUCCUCCGCACAUGUGACCUACAACACCGGUAUGACCCCUCAACUCCUCCCUGUCUAUCCACAGCGCCUGAGGUCAGAGGUCAUGUGUGUGUGUUUGUGUUGCACAGCAAAGCCCCUGCUGAAGUUUGUUCUGGGUCACAGUAUGGAUCCUCGUCUGGGCCUCAUCGACGUCAAGCACUUCGUGAUGGUCAGGGUUGGGUUUAUCGGCUGGGCCGUGAUGGAUCUGAAUUAUCUCCUGACUGCUGUAGAGAUGAAGAACUCGUCUCUCGCUCUGCUGCUCGUCGUCGUCUUCCAGCUCAUUUACAUACUGGACUUCCUCGUCGAUGAGGGCUCUGUGCUGACGACCAAAGAGUUCACGGACGAGCCGAUUGGGUUCAUCAUGAUUUUGGGCGAGUUUAUCUGGAUCCCUUUCUUCUCCAGUCUGCCUGCUUACUUCCUGCUUCAGAGACCCAAUCACAUCCACUUCCUGUCUGCCGUCCCCAUCUGUCUGCUCUUCGCUGCUGGCUUCCUGAUGUAUUACCUGUCUAACGAGCAGAAAGAUGGUUUCCGCAGAAAUCCCAGUGAUCCGGCCUACGCUCGUCUGAACACAAUCCGCAGCCCGGCGGGAAGCAGUCUGCUGGUGUCCGGAUGGUUCGGAUGGGUCCGACACCCCAAUUACUCAGGAGACAUCCUGAUGAUGUUUGCCUGGUGUCUGCCAUGCGGGUUCACCAGUGUUUUGCCGUACUUGCCGGCGCUACAGUGCUUUCAUUUAUUGAGGCAACGAGCCAAUGAGAUCGAAGAAUCCUGUCUGAAGAAGCACAGAGACGCCUGGCGGGAGUACUGUCGACGAGUGCCAUACAAACUGCUGCCUUGCGUGUACUGAGCAUCUCUCAUCUGUGUGUGUUUACAUGAACCGCCCAAAGCAUUGCUCUCGUGUGGAGGUAUUACUCCUAGCUGUGUGGAUCCCAUGAUUUGAACUACUAGUACACAGCCAAACGUCAUUAAAUUCAUUAAAUCUGAUUUAACCCGUGACAUUUAGUUUUGUUUGUAGAAAUCAUGUAUUAAGGUUGAUUCAGAGAGAUUAAAUAAUAAAAGAAACAAUUUUUUCAGUGUAAUGUCACAUUUAAUUUACAAAAAAAAGUUUAAAAAAAACAAAAAAAACAAGAAUUGUAUUGCAUAUAAAACGUGCUGCCGCGGUGUAAUUAUAGAUGUAAUUACAGAAAUUAAUUCUGAGGUGGUGUUACAAAGCAAAAACAUUAAUGUACACAAUGAGUGCGUUGUAUUUAAUUAGGCUAUUUAUAACUUAUAAAUAUAUAACUACAAAUUUUAAUUAAUCAUAUAGCUGUACUGCAAACAAACCUGAAGUAUUGUU